AGGCCCCCAGCCCAGCCCCGCCUGCGCGCCCGCCGGUCCCCCGCGCAGCCAGCCCGGGCCCGCGGGGUUGUUAGAUGGAACACGGCUCCAUCAUCACCCAGGCGCGGAGGGAAGACGCCCUGGUGCUCGCCAAGCAAGGCCUGGUCUCCAAGUCCUCUCCUAAGAAACCUCGUGGACGGAACAUCUUCAAGGCCUUUUUCUGCUGUUUUCGUGCCCAGCAUGUUGGCCAGUCAAGCUCUUCCACUGAGCUCUCCGCAUACAAGGAGGAAGCCAACACCAUUGCUAAGUCGGAUCUGCUCCACUGCCUCCAGUACCAGUUUUAUCAGAUCCCGGGGACCUGCCUGCUCCCAGAGGUGACAGAGGAAGAUCAAGGAAGGAUCUGCGUGGUCAUUGACUUGGAUGAAACCCUUGUGCAUAGCUCCUUUAAGCCAAUCAACAAUGCCGACUUCGUAGUGCCUGUAGAGAUUGAGGGGACCACCCACCAGGUGUAUGUGCUCAAGAGGCCUUAUGUGGAUGAGUUCCUGCGACGGAUGGGGGAACUCUUUGAAUGUGUGCUCUUCACUGCCAGCCUGGCCAAGUACGCCGACCCGGUGACCGACCUGCUGGACAGGUGUGGGGUGUUCCGGGCCCGCCUGUUCCGGGAGUCCUGCGUGUUCCACCAGGGCUGCUACGUCAAGGACCUCAGCCGCCUGGGAAGGGACCUGAGGAAAACCCUCAUUCUGGACAACUCGCCCGCCUCCUACAUCUUCCACCCGGAGAAUGCAGUGCCUGUGCAGUCGUGGUUCGAUGACAUGGCAGACACGGAGCUGCUGAACUUGAUCCCCAUCUUUGAGGAGUUGAGCGGAGCAGAGGAUGUCUACACCAGCCUGGGGCAGCUGCGGGCCCCUUAGCCUUCCCCGCUCCAAGCGAUGGCCAUCCCAGGAGGGGACCUUCCAACACUGUGCCUUUAUGACCAGCCUGACGGAGCGGAAGCUGAGCCUCUCACCCAACGGGGCCUGGGGAUAGAAGUGGCCGCACAGGGUUUUAGGACGGGAUAGAUGCGAGGUGGGCACAUGUCAGACCCAGACCCACAGCUUGUCUGCUCCUGAGUUGGGUUCCCAAACGUGAGUGUGUGUGUGUGUGUGUGUCCACGUGACUGUGUGUGUCUGUGUGUCUCACCCUGAGUGCUGGCCCCACGAUAGAAGUGUCUCAGGUGGAGAGAGAAACUGAAAGAUGGAGACUCCCCAAGUUAGCAUGUCUCCUCUCCAGUCACCCUGAGAGCCCCUGAGCUCGAUCCAGAGAGGACUCUUGAAGGCUCUGUUGCCAAAGCCAUGGCCUUUCCUUGGUGUCAGAAGGCUCGUGCCAAGGAGGAAGGGUGAAUCAGAGGCUGCCUUCCGGUGUCCCACGCACACACCUCUGAAACCUUUCUCCAGCCAGCUACCGCAGACAGAAGACAACAUGUCUGGAAAGAUGAAAGCUUGUUUCCAGAACCAGUGGCGCCUGCAGCCAUCAGGUCCACCUGCCUCCAGCCGAGUGCCUGGCAUGGGCCCUCUCUGUCUCCCCGAGAUGUGGGCGCCGGGCCUGCCUUCCUCGUCACCUAGCCAUAGCCUCGAACCUGUGGGGAAAGAGGUCUUCUCCCCGCCCUGGAGGAGGACAAGUAACUUUUCCGUUCUUUAGACUCUUUUAAAAUUCUCUUUCUAAACACAGAGCGUUGGGCCUGUUUUGUUUCUGACCAAGCUGCAGUCCAGGGCCUGAGAUGAAUGUGGGAAGCCUUGGGGGUACAGGGAGGAAGGAAACCCCCAAACCAUGAAUGUGUGUCCCCUUGGCUUGUAGAUCAGCUGAGCUCGGGACUGUGUCCCUCCGUCUGCUCUUCAGGGAUUCUCUGCUGGUGCUGGUGUGAGGACUUCUGUUCCAAAGUCCGGGAAGGGCGCCCCAGCCCGGCCCCUCCUGUGUCCAGGGCAGGGCUCUUUCCUGUUGUGUCUUCCCCGGGGCCUGGCAGUGCCUCUCAUUCUGCUCCUGGCUUGUCCCUCCUGGCUGUUGCUUUGUCGCUCCAGGGCCUCUGAGGCGUUCCUGCUCUUCCCGGGAACGGCGUUCUCAUCUUCUGUUUGCCAGCGUAAUGCAUAUGCUGCCGCCUCCUGUCGCAGGUGCGAGCGAGCCCGGCACACACCUGCGCUUCACGUGGCUCUCGCUUCCAGAGUUUCUUAGUAGCGAAUUCUUUAAAACAGAGCCACGAAACAGAAGUUUCCUGAGGAUGGAAAAGGAGAAGUGCUGCUGUAGUUGGGAGCACAAGGGCCCCCCACAAGGGAGCCCCACCUCAGCAUCACUGCCUUAAUUAUGGCUCCCCUGGGGCUGGCUGAGGUCCUCGCUCCUCCCUCCCUCCAACUCUCCCUCCCUCCAAGGCAGGAGGCACUUCCUUUCCCCAUCUCUGCUUUCACUGAGGGCAAGGGUCACAGAGCAUUUGUGAGUUGUUUCAGGUGAGGACACCCCCACUCAGGACUCCCCCUGUUAUCCUUUUCAGUGUCCACACACGGGGUCAGCCUGAGGAAUUGACCUGUUCUGAGCAGACCAGGUGGUGGAGCAGCAGCUUGGUGUUCUGAGUGGUGGGCCGACUAGAAUCUUCCUCUAGCACUGUGGAACCACCUCCCCUACUUGUCCCAAGGUUGUGUGGCCUUGCGUUUCCCAGUGGUGUCACAGUGGAAGAGAGUCCCCGAAGCACGUGUGGUCACUGGGGUCCCGCAGGCAGGGGAAGAGGGCUCCGGCGCUAGCCAGGAACAAUGCCGCCUGCGGGAGAGUGACAGCUUCGGAUCCUAGGGUCCUGGCUAGGCCUCUGUCCUCACACUGGAAGGGGCCUCUCUCCAACCCCCACCCUGAGGGUUAGUCCUGGACCACAUCCGCCCUCCGGGCCCAGCCAAGUUUUUCUGACCAAAUAAGCAAUAAGAGGCUCUAAGCUGAUCCAGUUCCUAGGACCCUUUGUGCCCUCUUUGGGUCUCCGUGAUUUUCCAGGUGAAGGGAGAGCCCGUGCCACCCCCUUUCCAAUCAGGCUCGUCCGAAAGCCCUGGGUGGGCCUCGUGCCCAGAGCCCAGGAUAGCUGGGCGGGCUUGCCCACUGCCCCCGCAUGAAACCCCUGCCCUCUAGGCCUUGUUCCCAGCAGAACCGUGCCCUGCCCUGCCGGUCGACAGGUCCUCGACAGGAAUAUCCUCUUCCCUUUUUCCCCCUUCUCCUGCCUUCUGCAGAGAAGGAGCUUGGCCAAAUAAACCUAAACCGGGUCCGUCCGUGUGGACCGGAGCCAGCCUGAAGUCAUUAUAUGCUGUCUGGUUUCCAGUUUCAUAGUGUUAGGGGCAAGUGAUGAUUGCAGACUUGCUCCUCAGAGGAACCUGGCCAGACUCCGUUUUGGAGGAGGGCACGAUUGGGAGGGAAGCAGUUUAGCCCAGGAUCUGUUCUGGGGCUCCCCACUGGCCCUCGCCGUUGAAGGCUGUCUUCAGCAGGUGGGGGGCCACUGUGCCUGGUCAGCCCCAAUUCACGCCAUGCCCGCCACGUUCGGGUCUGUAAGGUGCCUCUUCGGGGACACAGUGUGUCUCUCUGAUUGGGCUUCUAAAUCCAAAGCCUGAUGUUCGUGUCCCUCUCAUAGGGGGAGCUUUGGACACAGGACCAGUCUGGAAACAGUCAAGGUGAGAGUUUCCACUCUGCACAUUGUAGAGGGGAUGCUCUGCAGGCCCGUGGGGCCUUUACCCUAAGAGAGGUUCAGCACAUUUGCCUCCAGUUAACUUGGGACCUUCUGUUUCGUUCCCUCCCACCUCCCAAAGAUUUUGACCAUUUUGUAAGUGUAUAAACUCACCUCUGUUAUUAACAGUGGCCCAGAAGCAUCUUUGUGCUAAAAGCAUGGGAAGUCUAUACAGGCAGCCCUUCCUUGGGAGAUGGAUCCCGUUCAGAUCUGCCCCUGCCCCGUUCCCCAAGCCUCAUUCAGGAGGGCAGCCCCCACCCACGGAAGGCUGUCCUGAACCCCAUGUCCCAGCCAGGCCAAGUGUCUGUGGAAGGUAAGCCUGUUUGCCCCUUCAGCUCUUCAGUCUGUCACCACUGUUGUUCCUCAGUCACUUUUUGUAAAAAUGGGGUUGGUUUUGUCUCUUUUUUUUUUUUUCUUUUCUUUUUAAACGCCAAUAAAUACUUGCAUUCAAGCAGGGGAGAGAAGGCAGGGGUGUGACCCCCUGGGGCAGACCCUCCUCUCUGGGCCCCAAGAGCUUUGCUUAUAGUCCCCCCCCACAUUUGACACAUUCCAUGUCCUGCCGCUUUCCCCCUCAAGAAGCCAUUUGGAAGGCAGGGGGUCUGCUUCCCACUGUGACUGGGCUAUGGGACACUGACUACCUUGCUUACGGAUUCAUGGUUUGAUAAAUUUGUUGUAUUCAAAAACUUGAAAUGUAGGACGCCAUUAAGUGUCUGUUUAUAUUUUUGGAAUAUUUGUAUUACUUACAAUUAAUUAAUAAAAGCGAGUUUAAAAAACCCA